AUGUCCACUCCAGUUGACAACUCUUUGACUGGUCUCAAGGCAUCCACUGCCCAGAUCAUGGCCAUCAUCAGUGGCGCCCAGCAGAUUCCCCUAGGUAACAGCCACUUUUCUCUGACAACACAGGCUCAAGUGAUCAAGGACUAUGGGUCUGGACCCCUGCCUGGCAUUGUGCUUUUGUGCUCCAAGGAGCUAUUGUGCAUCCAGGGCAUGACUCCCCAGGUCUGGCCCAACUGGCACAACAUUGGGUACAAUGAUCCCUGUCUCUUGACACAUGUCUGGUGCCCCAAGUUCAUCGCCUGGGAGGCCUUAGGUGACCAUACCUUUGAUCUCCCAGUUGCUGCUCCUCCCUCCACAGGUCCAAUUCCAGUGGAUCUUCCCUCCCCACCCAUCUGCACUGGCAAUGUCACCAGUCCCUCCACCAGCACCACCACUGAGUUCUGGGACAAGGGGAAAGGUAAGGCUGUCGAUGCUGACCUGGAGCCCAAGGUGGAAGGGAGCUGGAAGAGGAAGUCUCCCAUGAUUUUGGGACUCUCCUCCCAACCACCAAAGUCUGCGAUGAAGACUCACAAGCAUGCGAAGUCCUCUUGCUGGGUGAUGUCCAAGCCCCUAGUGGACUUGGAAGAUAAGGAAGAUAUGGGUAUUCAGCCAUUGUUGGGUGGAGUGCCAGAAGUCAUCCUUCCCUGGCUCUCCAAUUUGCCUAGAUCACCCUGGGUUCUGACCAAAAAGCCCUUUGGCCCCACUACAGUGAUUGCUAGCAGUCACCCAGCAGUCAUUGAGCCCUCCCAGCUGACUCCCAAAAGCCCAGUGGAGGCACCCCCAGUCAUCGAUGGAGGUGAUAUUCUCAUUCCUGGACCAGUGAAACAACUCAUGCCAGGUUUGCACCAAGCUAAAGUGGCCCUGCGCAACUCAGUUGGACAAGAGGACUGGGAAUCCAUGUAUGUCAUGCGUCCACUGCACAACAAAGAAGAUCAAGUGCAUCCCAGCAACUAUGGGUACCCCACUGAAAUGUGUUCAUGGGUCCUCUACCACCCAGAACACAAGGUCCAGGACACCCUCCAAGGCUCCCUCCAAAGCUCCCCCUACCUCCCAAUCCAAGGCCCAGACUCACAGUCAGUCUCAUGCAAGACCAUCACUGCUGUCAAGGCACCCACACCUGCACCAGCUCCAGUCCCUGCUCCAGCACCUGGUCCAGCAGUCCCUGCUGCAGCACUCGACCUGCCCAUGCCAGAUCUCCAUGCCAUGGCAAUUGUGAUUCAGGAUGGCACAGCUUACAUCACCAUUCUCGAGGCUCAUGUGGCAGAGCAGGAUGGUAAGAUUGAUACCCUGCAAUGCCUCCAUGAAGGCCUUAGGCACAAAUCAUCAACUGGCACCCCACAUUCCCACUUCCUGAACCUCCAGCCAAUGCAACAUCCUUGUUGCUUGAUCAAUCCAUCCCCCCAACCAUGUCACCAUCCACAUCUGCACUCCCCCCUCUCAUUGAUCUCUCAAUUUGGAGAGAUGAUGCCUGCACCCCCAAAAUUUGAGGAUGCCUCUGCCACUGAGGGCCUCCUGUUUGAGUACAACUGGGUUGUUCAACCAGAGCUUUGA